AUGGAGGGCUCCACCGGCUUCGGGAUCGACUCCAUCCUCUCGCACCGAGCCGGCAGCCCGGCCGUGCCCAAGGGGGACCCGCUGGUGGGCGACGGCCGCUCCCCGCUGGAGCUGAGCCCCCGCUCGGAGGGCAGCAGCGGGUGCCCCUCUCCGCGUUCCCCGGAGGCGGCGGUGCGGCCGGGCCUGGACGCUCACCUGCAGCCGGGGCAGCUCUCGGCUCCCUCCCAGUCCCGAACCGUCACCUCCUCCUUCCUCAUCAGAGACAUCCUGGCCGACUGCAAACCCCUGGCCGCCUGCGCGCCUUACUCCAGCACCAAUGGACCUCACGGCGGGCAGGAGGCGGCGGGCAGGAUCCCCACCAAACCCGGAGAGGACUUUAGGGAGAAAAUGGAAAAAACCACCAGCAGCUCCUCCUCGGACUCCGAGUACAAAG